AUGAAGGGGCCAUCAUCUACUAGCAGCCUCCUGCUGCUACUGUUGCUACUAAGCCCAGACCCUGGAGCAGCACUGCCACUGCCACCCAGCAUUACCUGCUGUACUCAGCUCUACCGCCAGCCACUCUCGAACAAGCUACUGAGGAGGGUCAUCCGGGUGGAACUGCAGGAAGCCAAUGGGGACUGCCACCUCCAGGCCUUCGUGCUUCACCUGUCUCGACGCAGUGUCUGCAUCCACCCUCAGAAUCGCAGCCUGGCUCGGUGGUUUGAGCGCCAAGGGAGGAGACUCCAGGGGACUCUACCUAACCUGAAUUUGGGGCUGACAAGGAAAAUGGACCAGGGCCCCCACCAGCCAAAAUAA